AUGGCAACAGGAGGUGGUCCCUUUGAAGAAGGCAUGAAUGAUCAGGACUUGCCUAGCUGGAGCAAUGAGAGCCUUGAUGACCGGCUGAACAACACGGACUGGGGAAGUCAACAGAAGAAAGCAAACAGAUCUUCAGAAAAAAACAAGAAAAAGCUUGGUGGGGAAACUGAAACGAGGCUUACUAAUGAUAUAUCUCCAGAAUCCUCACCUGGGAUGGGACGGCGAAAGACCAGAAGUCCUCAUAGUUUUCCUCAUGCUCGAUACAUGACCCAGAUGUCUGUUCCAGAGCAGGCCGAGCUAGAAAGGCUUAAACAAAGAAUAAACUUCAGUGAUCUGGAUCAGAGAAGCAUUGGAAGUGAUUCUCAAGGCAGGGCAACAGCUGCUAACAACAAACGUCAACUUAAUGAAAAUAAAAAACCAUUCAACUCCCUGUCACUGCAGAUAAACACGAACAAAAGCAAAGAUCCUGCCUCAGCUUCCCAAAAAAAGGAUAGUGAGGUAUCAGUGCAAUGUAAAGAGUUAUUUGGAGCUGCUCUAAGCAAGGAUUUCUUGCAAAAUUGUCAAGUCUCUGCUCAAGAAGAUGGAAGGGGAGAACCAGCUAUGGAUAGUAGCCAGAUUGUGAGCAGACUAGUUCAAAUUCGCGACUAUAUUGCUAAGGCCAGCUCCCUGCGGGAUGAUCUUGUAGAGAAAAAUGAAAGAUCGGCCAAUGUUGAGCGUUUAUCACACCUUAUAGAUCACCUUAAAGAGCAGGAGAAAUCCUAUCUGAAAUUUUUGCAAAAGAUGCUUGCUAGAGAAAAUGAGAAGGAUGAUGUUCGGACUAUAGAUUCAGCUGUGGCAUCUGGUUCUGUAGGUGAGAGCACGUCGCUAAGCAUUGAUGUACAGUUUGAGGCUUCAGAUACCACAGCCAGAGAUCCUCAACAGGAAGCUAAAGAGGAGUUGGAGAACCUGAAGAAGCAGCAUGAUUUAUUGAAAAGGAUGCUUCAACAGCAGGAACAAUUGAAGGCUCUUCAAGGAAGACAGGCAGCUCUUCUUGCUUUGCAGCAUAAAGCGGAGCAAACAAUUGCUGUCAUGGAUGAUUCUG